AUGGACGUCGACGGGGUCAAGAACGAGGAGAAGCCUGACCUCGAUAUCGACAAGGACGAUUUUCAGCAUGAAGAGGACCCCGAUGAGGUGAUGACCAUCGGGACCGGACAAGGUAAAGUCUGGCUGGUAAAAAUACCAAAACAUAUCCUCGAGCGCUGGUCCGCCGUGAACAACCCCGGCGUCGAGCUGGCCAAACUACGAAUAUACAAUGACCCCGAGUCACAAAACCCAAAGAUGUUCAUCACCGUCCCCGCCGCCAACCCGAACGACCCGCCCGAACUCUUCGCGCUCGACGUGCACGUGCCGGAUGCGGCAUCCAGCCAUACGCAGAUGGUCGUCGCCGAGCGGCACGCCGAACAGGCCCCGUCGACUUCGCGCAGACGCAUGACCGUCCUCGCGGGCGUCAUGCAGCACGAAUGCAACAUGCGCCCAUUAUUCUCCGAGGCGUACCGCGCACGCGUACGCGCCGCGACUCGCGCAUCUGUGCCCAAGAAACGCAUGCGUAUAUUGCCCACGGCCGGCGACGCGGGCAUGAAACUCGCUCGCCUCAGCACUGGCAUCGGCGGCGCGCACAAUAACAACGCUUUUGCCCAUCUCGGCUCGCAGAAGGGCCCCAAGGGAAAGAAGAAAGAGUUCGAGCGUAUGGCGCGCGCACCGCGCAACCAGCUCCUCGAUAUGCUCUUCCAGCUCUUCACCGAGCGCCCGACGUGGGGCGUCAAAGACCUUCGCGCUCGCACGCAGCAGCCCGAAGGUUAUUUGAAGGCCGUGCUGGCAGAUAUCGCGACGCUGCAUCGGUCAGGAGAGAAGAACGGGAUGUGGGAGUUGAAGGAGCUGUAUAGGAACACGGACACCGGGCGGGAAGGUGUCUAUAAGAUGGAGACGAAGGAGGAAGAAGAGGAAGAAGAAAGCGAUGAGGACGAGGAUAUGGAGGAGGUUGCGUAA